AUCUUUUUGUUAUUUUGCGUAUGAUUUUCGAAGGUUGGUUUGUUAAAAGUUUUUAUAAGUAAUACUAAUUAGUUUCUUAAAUAGUUGAAAGUGUAUUUUAAAAUAAGCUGUAAACCGAGAUGACAGCAUUUAAAAUUUUGUUAUUUAUUACUAUAACCAAUUUUGUUGAUAGCCGUCAUAUACAGUUUCAUUUAAACGGAUACGAGUGCUUUUAUCAAGAAAUACGGGAAAAGACAAAAUGUUCAGUUGAAUAUGCACCGAUAAGCGGAUCAAGGCCUCACGUUGACGUCACAAUCGAAGAUCCAAACCAAUACGUUUUUUAUAGGAAAAACCAACAAGAGUAUGAUUUUUACAAGUUCGAAACAAAUGCAACUGGGACAUAUCGCGUUUGUUUCAGCAAUAUUUAUGAUCUUUCAAUGUACAGCAACAUUGUUUAUUUGGACUUUGUUGUAGGCGAUGAAGGAAAUAUGGUUCGCUUAGAUGCCGGAGCUUCGACUACACCUAUGACUCAAGUUGAGACGUCUAUUGUGAACAUUUACGAUGCGAUGAAAGUAGUAGAACUUUAUCAAAACCAUCAUCGUAUUCGUGAAGCAAAUGGACGUUUAGUGGGCUCAUCUUUGAAUGAAAAAGUAAUGAUGUGGAGUUUAGGGCAGUCAGCUAUUAUUGUAAUUAUUGGAGCUGCACAAGUAUAUAUACUAAGACAAUUUUUUUCAUCAAGGAAAGAAGAAAUAUAACUUUAAAAUAUAAUUUAAUGAAACCAAAAAUUAGGUUUUUGUCAUAAAAUGGUUUCUUUUUUUCUUUGAGUUAUAAAGAUCAUUAUAAAAACGAAGAAAAGCCUAUUAUUGUUAUUA